AUGGCAUCUGCGAUCAGUCUGCUGUCAGAGGACAAGUUCCUGUGUUCUGUGUGCCUGGAUGUGUUCACUAAACCAGUCUCAACGCCAUGUGGACACACCUUCUGCAGUGCAUCCACAUCGGGAGUUGCUGGUCUCAAGAGCCACACAUUAUUACACCCUGUGAAGAAUCUCGAUGAUAAGAUGUGCAAGACACACAACAAGAUGACAGAACUGUACUGUAGGACUGAGCAGGCCUGUAUCUGUGCCUUGUGUUUGAAAUCUGAGCACAAGGGUCACAGUGUUGUCCCACUUGAGGAAGAAUAUGAAGCAGUGAUGUCAAAAAAAGAUGCAGCAAUGGCAAAUAUCCAAAAGAUGAUACAAUCACGGUCCAAGAAGAUUGCUGAAAUAGAAAACUCAGUUGAUGAAGCUAAGAAAGAGAAAGAAGCCAGUGUGCAGGUCUUCACUGACUUGAUCUCCUCCAUUCAGAGAUGCCAGGCCGAGCUUGUUGAGGUGAUUGAGGAGAGGUACGCAGCCACAAAGCAAAAGGCUGAAGGUUUCCUCACAGAACUGAAGAUGGAAGUCAUCGAGCUCAAAAGCAGAAGCAGCCAGCUGGAGCAGCUGUCACAGUCUGAGGAUCACCAUCAUUUUCUCCAGAGCUUCCCAAACUUGUGUUCUCCUUUAAACAAAGACUGGACCAACACUGGAGUUCACAGUGAUCUGUCUUUUGAGGCAGUGAGAGAUGCUGUAACCCAACUGAAACACAGAGUUGAUGAAGUAAUGGAAGAGCUUCCUGAGAUCAAAAUGAAAAGAAUGAGAGGACAUGCAGUGGACUUGACUUUUGACCCUGACACAGCAUAUUGCUUACUUGUCAUAAGCCAGGAUGGAAAACAAGUGAUAGCUGGAGACACAAAACAGAGUCUUCCCAACAAUCCAAAGAGAUUUGAGGUGUGUCCAGAGGUUUUGACAAAGGAGGGGUUCACAACAGGGAAGUUUUACUAUGAGGUGCAAGUGGAAGGAAGUACUGAGUGGAUCACUGGAGUGGUCAGAGAGUCAGUUGAUCGAAAGAAGAACUCAACUCUGUCAGUUAAAAGUGGAUACUGGACCAUUGGGCUUGAUGAGGGUAUAUAUUGCGCAUCCAGGUCUACACAGCAAAGUGAUAAAAUCACACUGAAAGAAAAACUUGAGAAGGUGGGCAUCUUUGUGGACUAUAACAAGGGAGUGGUUUCUUUCUAUGAUGUGAUUUCUAAAUCACAUAUCUAUUCUUUCACUGGCUGCCACUUUACAGAGAAACUCUAUCCACACUUCUACCUGCGACCCAACAGAAAUGUAACUAACCCUGCACAUCUCAUCAUAACACCUGUAACUCAAACACACUGAGUUUGUUAUCUUUAAAGACCACGUCAAAGUUAACACUGGUCUCUAAUAAUACACUGAGCAAAUCUGCUUAAAUAAUUAACAGCAACUUCCACAUGUUAUACUGCCACUCAAAUUAGCUUCUUUAAUACUGAAAAUGUUUUCUAUCUAUACAUGUAUAUAUAAAAGAUGUUUGACACUAUGUCAUCAGUAGUUAGUGUUUAAUAAGAUGCUGACAAAAUCUGCUUAAAACAUAAACAGCAACUUCCACAUGUUAUAUUGGUAAUCAAACUUCUUUAGUAUUGUUUUCUAUCCAUGGAAUAAAUCCAUGCAUGGAAAGAUGUUUGACACUAUAUUGUUCCUUUUUUGCUAUAUAUAUGUAGAGGUGAGGUGACUAAAUGAGGUCAUUUUAUCUGAUGUUGCUGUAUUAAAAUAGAUGAGGUUACCAGUGGCAUUCAUCAUGAUCUAGAGUAAUGGUACUUUGUACAUAUAUUUUGUUACUUUUGCAUGCACACUUUAAACGUUUAAACAUUUUUCAUGCAGUAAAGUGUAACAUUCCUGUCUUUACCAAAUGCAGGUGUACAGAAAUGUACAAUACUGGAAAAAAAACACAAGUGUGUCUAAAUUCUUGAUUUAAUUGAUUUCUUGUAAUUCACAAGUUGAUAUGUGUGUCUAAAUAAACUUCACAUCUAGACUGA